CAGGAAGUUGUGAACAGAGUUUAAAAGCUGCUGCAGGACUGCAGACAUUCACAGAAAGCUGGACCAGCAAUGGCUCUGCUGAAGGUUCUGCUGCUGCUGGGGCUGGGUGUUUCAGUGAACUCCGAUGUUUCUUUGCAGAAGAGAAUCAUUGGAGGUCAUGGCUGUGACGACACGGAGCGCCUUUAUCAUGUUCGGCUGGAGAUCACAAUCUUUAAGGGAACGGCCAUCUGUGGAGGAUCUCUGAUCCAUCCUCAGUGGAUCCUGACUGCAGCUGACUGCUGGAAGUCAAACACAGGGACUAACAUAGCAGUUGUAAAAGUUCAUCCACGGACUGGUACACCGCAGGGUCACAGAGUCACAAACAAUCCUGUGCUCUAUACUGACAAUGGCCAGAAGCAUGACAUCAUGUUGCUGAAGCUUCCGAAACCAGUAACAGAUGUCCCUCUUGCUCCGCUACCUGACUGCAGUAAUCGUCCUAAAGUAGGUGAUAUUGUUCAGCUGGCGGGAGAGGGAGCAAUGACAACUGGCACCAAAAAUCGGCAAUUGCGCGCUGUUCUUGUUGCAAAACAUCUUCAGUGUGUUGACAUGAAAGUUGUUGAGGUUUCCCAAUUUCGGCCAAGUGAUGGCCAUACAUUCUCUGCUGCAGAACCGAACACGGACGCAUGUUAUGGCGACGCUGGUGGAGCAGUGGUGUUAAACGGCACAAUUUAUGGUGUGAUUUCUGUUGGUGGAUCACACUUUCCAUGCAAGAAGCCAGUUUCAAUCAUGGAUGUGUGUGAAUACAUUGGAUGGAUAAAAACAACAACUGGGGCUAAAUAAAACAUGAACCAUCAUGAAAUAUACUUCUCAUCAAAUUUCCUCUCAGAUAUAAUUUCAUUAUUGUUUCUUGAUCAAUUUGAUCCACAUGUUUAUAGAAUUAGAAUAAAUCAAUAGUUUUGCUUUUUCAAACCUGACCUUGAUCUCCCUAAUGGAUCUUUGUCUGUCUCAGAAAUGAACAAUAAAUCAAUAAAUGCAUGAAAAAGAAACA